UACCAGAGAAAAGGGGAGAGACCAGAACUUUUGGGUUCAGACUUCAUCUUAGAGAACCUGACAUUAGGUUGACCUAACAGGCCCGUACAUAGCACCAGUUUCCAGGCACAAGAAAUCUACACCUCCAGGUUACAAGGCUACCCUUGACGUUUUACUUCCUAACAACCACCAAUCAGGAGGAAAACAGAAGUUAAGUUUAUGGUUUGUCUCCCAGCACCAGCCAAUACGGAAAAUAGAAUCUUCAGCUCCUAGCCCUUCAGCCUUAAAUGCAGAUCCUAUCACCAUCCCAUGGCUCUCAGGCCUGGAAAUCUGCCCACAGGCUUGACCUGCCUUGACUCUGCCUGAGAGUGGUUUGGUGGACUGUGGGACUUGGAGAUUGGUGGUCGGAUUGAAAUUGGCGGUCAGUGAUUGGAUUGGAUUUGGACUUUGGUGACUGGAGUUUGACAUUGAUCAUCAGCUACACUUACACCCACAGGGUGCUGUGCUACUCUUGCCCUCAUCCCGUGUAUAAACUAGGGCAGCUUAUAUCCCUUACCUUUCUUGAUCCCUUGAUCAAGUGCAGCCUUUCACUCAGUGCUUCCCUUCAUAAUGGACGUCUUAGUUUCUGGGACCCCGGCUGAAGAUGAGCAAAUUUCGAUGAAGUCAAGGGAGCUUGAGGCCAGUGGCCACGAAGGGAACACUCUGACAGAGGAUUAUUACAUACUGGGCACCGUAGGGGAAGGGUCCUUUGCUCAAGUCAAGGUUGCUCUCCACCUUAUUACCCAGACUCUGGUAGCCAUCAAGAUAUUGAAAAGAGGCACAAGAAAAGACUUCUUAGUAAUCUCUGAGAUUGACCUAAUGACCUCACUAUACCAUAAUCAUGUAAUAAGGCUUCUCCAGAUCAUUGACACCGAUCGCAAAACUUUCCUUGUGAUGGAAUACGCAGCCCAGGGAUCCCUGCGGAAACUCGUCAACAAGCGUGGGCCUCUGGGUGAAGAAGAGGCACGCAGCAUAUUUAGGGAGUUGUGCUUGGCCGUCAACUAUAUUCACAGUCAGAAUAUUGCCCACCGUGACAUCAAGGCGGAGAAUGUCCUAUUAGAUUGGGAGGGGCAUGUGAAGCUUUCUGACUUUGGUUUAAGCAAAAGACUGGCCUCUGGGGAAAAAGCCAAGGGCUUUUGUGGCACGGCACAAUAUUGCGCUCCUGAAGUGUUUGGUCACACACAAUAUGAUAUGCUCCCUGCCGAUAUAUGGAGCAUGGGAAUUUUAUUAUAUUACUUAGUUCUCGGAAAGCUCCCAUAUAAGGGGACAGUGCACAGCAAGAUAAGGUAUCAAAUACUGUCCCGGAGCUGUUGGAUACCAUAUCACCUCUCUCCGCAGCUCCGAAACCUGUUGAAGAGAUUAAUGACAAUAGACCCAACAAUGAGACCAUCUACAACAGAAAUAUUGGCCCACCCUUGGCUGUGCCAUGAUCAAGAGAUAUUGAGCUCCUCAGGGGAAAUCCCUAGAUAUCCUGAGUCCAACAUUGCUUUCACCAUGUUUCAAAUGGGAUACAGCAUUCAAGAGCUCAGAAAGGCUUUGUGGGAAAGGAAAUAUAACGAAGCCAUGGCUACAUAUCUUAUUUUAAAAAGGAAAUCGCCCUGGCAGCCCCAAUUUUAUCAUGAUGGAGGUCACAGUGGUACACUGGACCCUAGAGAAGAUACCAACCUUUCUCGUUCUGUACGAAGAGUAGUAAGUGCCCCUAGCCUUCCCAUCUUCCCUUUGUACACACACUCUGAGGUGCGUGGAGAUAGGAUAAGAGGCUGUAAGAGGAGGCACAGUUCGCUUACUGCCCUUUCUUCUCUUAAGGAUAGCUUCCAGGAAAACAAUUUCUCAGUGCAGAUGCUUAUGCCACACAUCGGAAAGGGGACAUUUAGAGAGAAUGAGGGCAGCAUUGAUUCCACUGCUUCAUCUUCAAGGAAAGGAAAUGCAACAACACAAACAACAACGACGAUGACAACGACGACGACAGAAACAACAUCAACAACAAUGACAAUGAUAACAACCACUACAUCAGAAAACACUUCCUCACUGUUCGCAUUCUCACAAAGCUCAAUCUUUGAAAGCAGGCAACAUGCAGUCAGUGAGAGCUCUGAGUCUCCAGACACAAGUAGCAGCACAUCCUCUUGGGGGUCCACAAACAGCAGCCCCUUCCCCAGUAAGAUCCAGGAAGAGAAUAUAGUCACCGAAUCAUUGCAAGUGAACAGAUCAUCUUCCAUAGACUCAGACCAUGAGAAGAAACUCAGAAUGCAGCACCAGGAAGUGCCCAGAGUCCCUCUGAGAAGGUCGCGAUGGAAGGGCCUGAAGAAGAGGAUUGGCAAAGCCCUAAGAACCUUGUGUUGUUGCAUCCCAGUGACAAAUAACAACAUGGCAGCCAAUGAAGAGGGCUGCAGAGAUACAGGCUAAGACAAAGUUCCACCCUGGGCUGCAGUCCCGGAAUAGCUAUGGCCCAGUACAGUGCUUUUCAUAGCACUCAGAAGCCCCUGGAAGAAACAUCCAUGCAGUACUGGUAAUUAGCAAGAAAACGGAGAAGAAACAAGAGACUCUAGAGAACCUUUAAGCACAGUGAGAGUGUCAACCCUGCUGCCUGUCUCAUGGUGUACUUGUGAGCUAAGGAGACAGUGGUCCUGGAGGCACUCAGAGGACUAUGUUCCAUGUCUCCAAGAGAUCUGUGUGAACUGGUUAGAGGCAGCAACAGAACUGAGAAGCAGCGAAAGUGCAUCUGGAGCAGAGAGGAGAAUUCAGAGGGUGCAGAGACCGCUCAGCCCCACAGCUCUGCUGCAGUCCUCCAUAGCACAGUCACGACGAGAUGGAUCCUGAAGCCCUCACAAAUCUACCAGCUCUAGUCACUUAUUUUAUAUGGUGCACUCAAAUUUGAGUCAUUUGAUAGGUAUUCUUUACAUUCUAUACACACACGUGCACACACUUACAUACACACACACACACACACACACACACACACACACACACACACAAAUGAGUUUUAUUUGAAAUGGAGAGAAUCCCCAUUCCAAACCAGGUAAUUUCAUAUUGAGUGAUUCUGCCUUCUGGAAACAUUUCUCCAAAUCAGCUUUCUCUUUUCUCCACUCCCUUCUGACACUUUAACUACCUAUUGUACUGCUUUCUAGGAGUCAUCGGAGGCCAGUAUGUGUCUUGUUCCCCACUUUGGGCAAGGGUACCUAGCCAUGUGCAAAGUGAGGCUUACCUAUGGUCUGUCUUUUGAGGCGAUCCAAGGUGAGGUCUGAAGUGCUUGAGUCCAGAGAAGGUGCUGGUAAGAAAUAUUGCAAGGUCGGGUGGGGCAGGGAUAUGUUGAUAAAACAGAUGAGAUCCCCUGAUAUGACAGUGUGGGGUUUCCUCUGAUUGGCCCAUGGUGACUUGCCCCAUUUCCACCAAGUACAAAGACACAGGGACCGCCAAUUGUGUUAAGGAGGAACUGGAUUUCUCUAUCCUCUGGCCCCACUCUCUAUUGCAAACUAUUUGUUGUAUAUUGAUCAUUGUUACCACAGAACUUACUCUUGGCAUGCUCAGAUCCUUGCUACCUCUGCCACCCCUGCUGCUGCUUCUGCUUCUGCUUCUGCUUCUGGUGCUUCUGCUUCAAUGUUUUGUCCAUUGCAGGCUUGGAAGGGCCAGGAGCUUCUGGAGCCAAUAAGUGAGCAUUCCAAAGCCUCAUGCUCAGGAAACUGCAGAAAACACCAGUAAUGUCACUCAACACAGAAUAACCCUUGCAGCCAGAGUCACCUGCAGGGACUUGGGAAAGGCUAUACCUUUUUGAGCAAAGAAAACCUGGGUGGAAGAGAGGCACACAGUUGGUGCUUCUUGGCUCAGGCCAUAUGGGAAGGGACGGUCAUUUACAGAUUCACAACUGGCCUUUUCUAAUUCUUUGAAAAACUCCUUAUUUUCAGAUCUCUUUCAGGGAAGAGGCUCCAGUUGGUUGAUACAGAUGUGGGGCAAAGGCAGACCCACAAGUGCAUGGGUCAAGAAGUACAAGAAAAGAAAUAUGUGUUCUGAUUCCAGGAGCAUAUAGCACCUUAUCCUGACCAGUGUCGUGAGAGAACACUAUCUGAGGCAGCUUGAAGAACUUCCUCACUGGGAACAGUUCCUUUCUGUUCUGGCAAGAUCCAAGUGACCAGGGUAAGGUCUUCUCAUGUCCCAUCCAACUAUCGCCUCCACUCCUGUACGAAUGGGACAAGGAGAGAUAGCUGGGGGCUGUUGCAGUAAAAAAUGAAAAAGGGUGGAACAGUUCACAUGAGUGUCCUAGUGCUCUACCUAGUUCAAUGUUUUGCUGCUAGCAUUCGCCUCUGUAUUUGUCAUGACCCUCUCAGGAGAGAGAUAUAUGAGGCUCCUGUCAGCUUAUACUUCUUGAUAUCAGCAAUAUUUCUUGGUUUCGUGGCUGAAUGGGGUUGAUCCACAGAGGGGGAGGCACCAAAAGGCCAUUCCUUCAGUCUCUGCUCCAAACUUUGUCUCCAUACUCCUCCUAUGAAUAUUUUUGUUCUCCCUUCUAAGAAGGACUGAAGCAUCUGCUCUUUGGUCGCCCUUUUUCUUGAGGUUCCUGUGGUCUGUGGAUUGUAUUUUGGGUAGUCCUAGAUUUUAGGCUAAUAUCCACUUAUCAGUGAGUGCAUACCAUGUGUGCUUUUUUGUGCUUGGGUUACAUCACUCAGGAUUUUGCCUAAAAAUUUCAUGAAGUCAUUGUUUUUGACAGCUAAGUAGUACUCCAUUGUGUAGAUGUACCAUAUUUUUCUAUCUAUUCCUCUGUUGAAGGACAUCCUGGUUCUUUUCCAGCUUCUGGCUAUUAUAAAAAGAAGCUGCUAUGAACACAGAAGAGCAUGUGUCCUUGUUAUAGGUUGGAGCAUGUUUUGAGUAUAUGCCCAGGAGUGGUAUAGCUGGGUCCUCAGGUAGAACUAUAUCCAAUUUUCUGAGGAACUUCCAGACUGAUAUCCAGAGUGGUUGCACCAGCUUGCAAUCCCACCAAUUAUGGAGGAGUGUUUCUCUUUCUCCACAUCCUUGCCAGCAUCUGUUGUCACCUGAGUUUUUGAUCUUAGCCAUUCUGACUGGUGUGAUGUGGAAUCUGAAUUGUUUUGCUUUGCAUUUCCCUGAUGACUAAGGAUGUUGAACAUUUCUUUAGGUACUUCUCAGCCAUACAAUAUCCCUCAGUUGAGAAUUCUUUUUUAGUUCUGUGCCCCAUUUUUAAUAGAGUUAUUUGACUCUCUGCACUCUAACUUCUUGACUUAUCUGUAUAUAUUGGAUAUUAGCCCUCUAUCGAAUGUAAAAUUGGUAAAGUUCUUUUCCCAAUAGAUUGGUUGCCAUUUUGUCCUAAUGACAGUGUCCUUUGCCUUACAGAAGCUUUGCAAUUUUAUGUGGUCCCAUUUGUCAUUGCUUGAUCGUUGAGUAUAAGCCAUUGGCGUUCUGUUCAGGAAAUUUUCUACUGUGCCUUUGUGUUUAAGGCUCUUCCCUACUUUCUCUUCUAUAACUUUGAGUGUAUCUGGUUUAAUGUAGAGAUCCUGGAUACAUUUGGACUUGAGCUUUGUACAUGACGGUACAAUCUGCAUUCUUCUACAUGUUGACUUCCAGUUGAACUUGCACCAUUUGUUCAAAAUGCAAUCUUUUUCCCCUGGAUGGUUUUAGCUUCUUUGUCAAACAUCAAAUGACCAUAGGUGUGUGCCUUCUUUUCUGUGUCCUCAAUUCUACUCCAUUGAGCUACCUCCUGUCUCUGAACCAAUAGCAUACAGUUUUUAUCACUAUAGUUCUGUAAUAUAGCUUGAAGUUAGGAUGUUGAUUCUUCUAGAAGUUCUUUUAGAGUUGAAGAUAGUUUUUGCUAUCCUGAGUUUUUCAUUAUUCCAAACGAAUUUGUAAAUUGCUCUAACUUUAUGAAGAAUUGAGGUGGAAAUGUGAUGGGUAUUGCAUUGAAUCAGUUGAUUGCUUUUGGCAAGAUGGCCAUUUUCACUAUAUUAAUCCUACCUAUCCAUGAGCAUGGGAGAUCUUUGAAUCUUCUGAGGUCAUCUUUGAUUUCUUUAUUCAGGGACUUGAAAUUCUUGUCAUACAUUUCUUACGCUUUCCUAGAUAAAAUCACACCAAUAUAUUCUAUAUUAUGUAUGCCAUUGUGAAGGGAGUCCUUUCCUAAACUUCUUCUGAGCCCAUUUAAUGCUUUUAUGAAGGACUACUGAUUUCUUUGAGCUAAUUUAAUACCAGUCACUAGAACAUUCAGUGCUCUUAACUGCUGAGUCAUCUCUCCAGCUUGACUCUCCCUUUGCAAUUUGUGUUCCCUUGUUCUUCUUUUCUUGUCUAAUUGCUCCAACUAGAAUUUCAUGAACUAUAUUGAAAUCCUUGCCUUUUCCCAGAUUUUAGAGGAUCACUUCAAGUGUCUCCAUUUAAUUUGGUGUUGGCUGUUGUUUUGCUCAAUAUUAAAUUUAUCAUGUUUAGGUAUUUUGCCAUGAAUUCCUGAUCUCUCCAAGACUUUUAACAUGAGUCGGUUUGAUUUUAUUAAAAGCUUUAUCAUUUCUCUUGUUCAUGCCCAUAUAAUGCUCUCUGGACAGCCCUGAAUGUCAGCUCACGAUUCUGAUCCCAUAGAUUUUGGAAAUAUGCUGUGAUAGCAGUCUUUACCCAGCUGUUUGCAUGCCAACAAUAGCUGAAGAUUCCAAAUCUGUCACUUUAUGGUGAUAAUCCGUAACGAUAGUGUCUGGAUCUUUCAAACCUUUCUGAGUAUAAAGAUUCCAACAAGGUAAACCCUCCUAUGCUAGAAUAAAAUUCUGACUGUGCAUGGUUCAUGCAUUUAGCUGCUUACCUGUUACCUCUGCACUUACUAAGCAACACUGUGGGAGGUUUGGACUUUCUCUGUUUGGUAGUCCGUAUUUCACUGUCUAUCACACAGAACCAAAUUCUCUCUUCCCUAGAACACAAACAGCUGUGCAACUGAUACACUUGGACUUCCGCAGGACCUUGGAAAACAGAGCUCUUUCUCAUACGGCAUAAGCUUCACAUCAAGUCACUUUAGGUUUCUACAAGUCCAUCGCUGUAAUCACACCUCGUUCACUGGAGUACCUUAAAAAAAUCACACAUUUCUCAUAGGAUAUGGAGUUCAUUCCAAGUCACCUCAAGUCUUCAGAAAUUCAUCUUCGUAAUCCCCAUCUAACACUUGGAAAUCUAAGGCUCCCUUUGCCCUUCUGCCACCUCCAGCUAGAUUAUGCUUCCGUCAGUGGGAUUGGCAGAACUCUUUGCUACUGGUACAAUGGCGAUGGGUAGAAAUGUGUGCCAGGAACCCUUCUGUCUAUGCUGCAACCCGGCCGCAAAGCCUCUAGUGAAGUACUUAGCAGGAUAUAGCACAAAGGCGCAAAGGCCUCUGGGUAGAGCUGUUGACUGGGAAUAGCGCGAGGAAAAGAAGGGCGCUGGGUGAAGCAGUUGCUCAGGUCCCUGAAAGCCCUUUCUUCGCAUUCAAAUUCAGUGGUCAGGCCUUGGCACUAACCGGCCUGUCCUAGCGUUAGCACAGUGCAUCACUGAGUCUUCUGUGAUGCUGUGUUCAGCUGCUCCUGGUGAUUCACUCUAGACUUUACCUCAUGUCCCAGUGGCUACUUCUGAGUCCUGCUUGCUGGGACUCCUGCCUGAGGACAUUUCUCUGGCAAGGAUCGUCACAAACGUGUGAAAUGUUUGCCCGGGGAAAACACACAGAAUGAAAUGUGAUGCCAGAGCUUACUGCUGUUUUGUCACAUGAGUGUUUUCGACUAAGAUAAGCCAACUUCCCAGAUUCCCAGAGAGAUUAUUUCUUCUGCUGCCGAAAGAAUACCAGGAUGUAGCAGUGGAAAUAGAGAACUUCAACAGUAAACUUGGAUUGGGAAGUCCUAACCUGUAUCUUUUCUUUGUGGUAGUGUGUCCUGGCAUGCUGGGAGCUCACGUCUUCUGUAAACUGUUGGCAUCUUGGAGUGUGGAGCUUCGAUGAUCUCGGAGCUGGAUAUGGAUGAAGAACCUAGGGAGAGGGGACAGAAAAGGUGUCCCGACUUAAGAACAACCAAAGGGAAGUUCUUUCAGUCACUUGAGUAAAUAUCUCCAUUGAAGGAGUCCAAGAAAGAAGCUGACUGAAGGACAGUUGUCUCUGUUCAUGCAGUGGUCACAUGCUUUGGAGAUGAUUUGAAGUUGGUGAAACUGAGGCCCAGAGACAGAUACAAUUUUCCUAAGUCAUUGUGACUAUUCCAGCAGCACAUUGGCCAGACAAGCUCUUUAUACGUAAGGUCACAGUGCUGAUUUGUCCCUGCCCUUAAUCUGCCUGUUGGGAUCACAGUGAUUCUGGAAGAAUUACAGCACUUUUUAUGUGAUGCUGAUUUUCAGGGUUAAUUUAAUAAAAUUUUGUUCUCUAA